AUGAAAGACCGUGGAGAGAACAUUAGAGAUGAGCUUCAAGCAUAUUAUGGAAAUGAAAUAUUAAUUAAUGAAAAUGAAUUAAUUAAUCUUAAUAAUGCUGCUGGUUGUAACACAAUUGAAGAUGGUCGUAUAUUAAAUAUAGACUUUUCCCAGAAUGAUAUUGAUAUUGAUGAGGUUUUUAAUAGUAUCUUAAAAACAAAAACAAUUAAAGAUUUGUUUUUGAUAAAAAAAGAAUUAAAUAAAGUGAUCCAAGAAUGCCAAAUUGAAAUGCAAAAGUUUAUUCAUUCCAAUUAUAAAAAGCUCCAAUCUAUUUCAAAUCUUCUUGAUAAAAGCAUUUUUAGUAGUGAAAAUGAUAAUAGUAAUGAUCAUUCAUGUUUAAAUCCAAAUCAAAUGAUAAAAGAUAUCGAAAAUAAUAAAAAUCUUGUUAACGAUAAAUUUCAAGAAAUAAAAAGUCAUAUUUUCACCAUUGAAAAUAAUGAAAACCUUGAAAAAUAUUUGACUCAAUAUAAGUUAAUUCUCGUAAUGUCUGAAUUGAAAAAAUUUGAUUUAAUUCUUGAGGAUUACUUCUCUAAACAAGAAUAUGAAUUAUUAAUCCAUAUUUAUAAUAAAUGGAAGACAUCGCUUGAAAUGCUUUCUAAUGAUGAUCAUUUUAAAAUGGAAUUUCAAGAAAUAUUGAAAAAUAGCCAUAAAAUUUUUGAAAAAACAAUAAAUAUUUUAAAAAAACAAAUACUUGUGAAUAUUAAUAAGGAUUCAAUAUUGCCAAGCAUUAGUAAUAUUAUUAAAUCAUAUAUUUUAUUAAAUAAUGGACAAAUAGAUUUCACCAAUGAUUUGAUUUUAAAUGUUAAUAAUUUAUUUCAAGAUAUUGUUAAUGAAAUUGUUGUUAAACAGCUUGAAAAUUUAGAAGAUACUCAAAUUAACGACAAGUUGGUAAUAUUUUCAAAUACUUGUAAACAAUCAUAUCAAGAAAUAUUUAUUCCUCUUAACUUAAUUAUAUCAGAAUUAAAUAAGAAUAAAAUUGAUCCAUUAAUACCUUCAUCUAUUUUAGAAAACUUGUUUGAAGUUUCAUUCAUAAAAAUUAUUGAAUUACUUGGACACAUUUUAAAUUAUGAAAAAAAGAAUCCAAAAUUUGAGCUUAAUUUUAAACCAAUCUUACAAGGAUUUGAAUAUCUGAAUCAAUCAAUUAAGGAGCUUGUUGGAACAUUAUCAUUAACUAACUUUCAAAAACAUCCAACUUUCUCUUCUGGAAAUUAUAAAUAUAUUAUAGUCAAUACUGAACAAAACUUCGAAAGUGAGGAUGGCGAUAUGGGUGAUGAAUAUUGUAAUAGUGAUGACAAUGCAAUUAAAAGAAAAUGCAUCGAGUGGAAAAAAUCCAUUUUAAGUGAUUUUCUCAAAAUUGAAAAUUUGGACUUGAAUACUAAAGAAAUAUGGAAUGAUCUCUUUGAUUUUGUGAUUGCUUUACAGAACUCUGACAUUGAAAUUUUAUUUAUUGAAAUUAAUAAACACAUAUUCAAUAAAUUGAUCAAUGAUGAAUUAUUUAAUAUUAUUAAAAAUUACAAAGAAUUGAUUGAAAUCGACUUUGAAGUUUGUGAAAAUCUCAUUAGAAAAGUUAUUAAAGAUAUCUUUCAAUUAAUAAUCUCAAAUUCAAUAUUACAUAUUAACACAAUAUUCUUUAAGAAUAUUAAUGAAAGUGAUUUUGGUUUUAAUUCAAUUGAAAAUUUUAAACAAAUGAUGGAAAAGAUGCACUUCGAACUUUCUUAUAGUCUGAAUGGCAGUAAUAUUCUUGAUUCAAACAGCCAAAAUUGGAUUAUUGAAAAAUUUUCACUGGUUAAUUAUAAACAGAAAGCCAUUUACUUUUUAUCUAUUAUUAUAAUGAUAAGAUAUUUAAGGGAUAAUUCACUUUUUUCAUGUAUUUCAUACUUUAACGAUUGCUUUUAUAAUGAUAAUCUUGAUAAUAAUAAUAAAAUUAAAAUAAAGAACUUGACUGACAAUUUCAGAUUAUUUGACUUAUUUAAUUCUAAUAAAGUCAAAUAUGAGUCACCAAAAAACCUUAAUAAUAAUAAUAAUAAUAAUUUUUAUGAAGAUGAUGCCACUAUACAGAUUGUUAAAAUAUUGUACAAUCGAUUUGAAAUCUUAUUUCUAAACAUCUUCGUAAUUUGGAAUAUAUAUGCAAUAAUACAGGAAGUUUAUGAUCAAAUUGACUUUAAAAAUAGUGAAAAAAUCCAUAUUAGCGAAUUUUUCGACUUGAUGCAUUUUAAUAUAUUAAAGUUAUUCAAAUUUUUUAGUGUUUUAUUCCAACCACAAUUUCAAUAUUCAAAUCAUAUUAGAAAAUCAACUAUUUCUGAAUUCCAGUUUCCAAUUAAAGACUUUAAAAAAUCACAAAUUUUUGCGAAGUGGUCCAGCAAUUACUGUAUCCUCAAAAAUUUUGAUCUCGAUAAUCCAAAAAUAAUUUUCAACAAACCUAUUUCAUUUUGGUUUUCUCAAAUUCUUCACGGUAUUCUCAUUGAAAUUAUUUUCAUAAUAAAAAAUAAUAACUUUAUUAUAAUUGAUAAUCCUGAUUCUUGUGAAAAAUCAUUAUCCAAAUUCUGGAACGGCAUUAAACACUAUUUUGAAUAUGAUAUUGAUUUUAAUAUUACUCAUUCAUUAUUUUGCCAACUAUAUAAUACAUUACUUUUGCUAAAAUCUUAA